AUGACGACUGAGAAAGGCUAUUUGGGCGUUACACCCCCAAUCUCAACAGCUGAGUCCAGUGAACGGGAAAAGGAGGUGACGGGCACCUUAAUGGAAGAACUACGGAGACAGGGAACAUUCGAAAGUGUUGAGGAAGCUCGAACGAGGGAAAUGGUACUGGGACGCGUCGCUGCUUUGGUCAAAAAGUUUGUGUAUCAAGUCUCGCUCAAACAUGGACUCUCGGAGGCAGCCGCGAGCACUGCUGGUGGCAAAAUCUUUACGUUUGGCUCGUAUCGACUGGGUGUUCAUGGACCUGGGUCCGAUAUAGAUACUUUGUGCGUAGUACCCAAACACGUCUCCCGAGAGGAUUUCUUCGAAGUGUUCGAGGAUCUGUUGCGGAACAUGGAAGGUGUUGCGGAGGUGUCGGGUGUUCCUGAGGCCUAUGUGCCUAUCGUCAAGACAAAGAUAUGUGGUAUUCCGAUGGAUUUCUUAAUGGCUCGCCUGGCCUUGUCUUCGAUACCGGAUGAUCUCUCUCUAAAGGACGACAAUUUGCUGCGUAAUCUUGAUGAAAGAUGCGUACGAAGUCUUAAUGGUUCACGAGUGAAUGACGAGAUUUUGCGAUUGGUCCCUAACCCUGAAGUUUAUCGUGAUUCAUUGCGGUGUAUCAAGCUAUGGGCGCAGCGAAGGGCUAUUUACUCGAAUGUCAAUGGCUUUUUCGGCGGUGUAGCCUGGGCUAUCCUUGUAGCUCGUAUAUGUCAACUGUACCCGAAUGCUACCGCCGGAGCUAUUGUUAGCAGAUUCUUUAUCAUUAUGUACCAAUGGACGUGGCCUCAGCCUGUGCUCUUGAAGCAGAUCGAGGAAGGUCCACUACCUGUUCGUGUGUGGAACCCAAAAUUGUACCCAGCGGAUCGGGCGCAUAGGAUGCCAAUUAUUACUCCUGCAUACCCUGCUAUGUGUGCUACUCACAACGUUACAGCUUCAACGCAAAUGAUUCUGACUGAAGAGUUCAAGAAAGGUGCCGAUAUCGUUGACAAAAUCAUCGUCGGAACUGCGACUUGGGCAGAUCUAUUUGCCAAGCACGAUUUCUUCCAUAAAUACCGAUAUUACUUGCAGAUAGUCGCAUCCACCGGAGACCCCGACCUCCAAAUCAAAUGGGCAGGGACAGUCGAAUCCCGGCUACGCCAGCUUGUGAUGAAACUCGAGUUUGUGGACACACUCAUCUGUGCACACCCGUUCAUCAAGGGUUUCGACCAAAUUUCGUACUGCUUAUCUCAAGAUGAAAUGAAUCAAGUCAUCGACGGCCAAAUAUCCGAAGCUAUUGCGAAGAGAAACGUGGCCAGCACAGAGGGCAACCCAGACAGCAAAACCGUUUAUUCAACCACUUUUUUCAUCGGUCUCCACAUCCAGCCAAAACCAAGCGGCGUCACCGGACCUCGCAAACUGGACAUUUCAUACCCUACUACAGAGUUUAUAAAGCUCGUGAAGAUGUGGGAGAAAUACGAUGAAGACACAAUGGGGAUAUCCGUGCGAUACAUGAAGAGCUCGGGGCUUCCAGAAUACGUAUUCGAUGCAGCCGAGCGGCAACCGAAGCGGCCUCCCAAGCGGCCACUAACCAGCAGGGCGUCGGGCAAGCCAAGCAGCGAAUCACCGGAUAUGCCGAAUAAGAGGCGACGGUUUGUCUCGCGUUUCUCGGUGUAG